AUGCCUAAUAACAUCACCACCAAUAAUGGUCAGGGGGUAGCGAUAGUAUCUGCCAGCUACAAGGGCCCCUCGGACGACAGCUUCGUCGUCAACAGGGACAUCCCACUCGCCGCUGCAUCAUCCCAGGCUCCCGGCGAUGAGACGAUGAGCUUGGCAGAAAAGACCAAAUUCCUCAAGGAUUUACGCACAUCCGUCGCUGCUGUGCAGGACCAAGUCAACAAGGAACUCACGCAGCGUAUGGAGGCAGACAAGGCGCGCGAGGCCGGGACUGCUACUGCCAUUACUGUCAAUGAGGCCGAGGAGGAACAGAACUAUGGAGAAGAGGUUGUGGACGAAGACGCUUGA